GACCUCAACACAAAAAGGACACGUGUACUGUCUUCUUCCCACACUCUUCUUAUAUAUAUCCCUCCACCAUCUCUUAACUCCUCAGAAACCCUCAUCAUCGGAAUCUCCUCUUUCUCCGACCAAUAAUCACAGAAAAAGGCUGUCAUCUGAUUAUUGAAAACACUAGAUCUUCGUAAUAACAUCUCCUAUUUCAAGAUGGUGUCGGAUGCGAGUAAGAAGAGAGAGGCGCAGAAGAAAGCAGCCGCAGCUGCCAAGAGAAGUGGCAAGUCUAAGGCGGCGGCGAUGAAAGCGGCGGCGGCUGCCACAGCUUCUCCAGCGGAGAGCAACAGUGUCGAUGAUUUAACGAAUGGUGUAGGGGAAAUUCAGUUAUCUGAUCGGACUUGUACCGGUGUUCUGUGUUCACAUCCACUUUCCAGAGAUAUUCGGAUAGAAUCUUUAUCACUUACUUUCCAUGGGCAUGAUCUAAUAGUUGAUUCUGAACUGGAGCUCAACUAUGGAAGACGUUACGGUUUGCUUGGGCUUAAUGGCUGUGGAAAGUCUACUCUUCUUGCUGCUAUAGGAUGUCGUGAACUUCCCAUCCCAGAUCAUAUGGAUAUCUUUCAUCUAACACGUGAGAUUGAAGCCUCUGACAUGUCCUCUCUUCAAGCUGUUAUUAGUUGCGAUGAAGAGAGGUUGAGAUUGGAGAAAGAAGUUGAAGUCCUGGCUGCACAGGAUGAUGGUGGCGGAGAGCAACUUGAACGAAUCUACGAGCGUUUAGAAGCUUUGGAUGCAUCAACUGCUGAGAAGCGUGCAGCUGAGAUCUUGUUUGGUCUUGGAUUUACCAAGCAAAUGCAAGAAAAGAAAACACGAGAUUUUUCUGGUGGAUGGAGGAUGAGGAUUGCUCUUGCUCGGGCCCUGUUUAUGAAUCCGACCAUUUUGUUGCUUGAUGAACCCACCAACCAUCUUGAUCUAGAGGCUUGCGUGUGGUUAGAAGAAACGCUGAAGAAGUUUGAUCGCAUUCUGGUUGUUGUUUCACACUCACAAGAUUUUCUAAAUGGUGUGUGUACUAACAUCAUCCAUAUGCAAAAUAAGAAGUUGAAGCUCUAUACGGGUAAUUAUGAUCAAUAUGUCCAAACCCGUGAGGAGCUGGAAGAGAAUCAGAUGAAACAGUACAGAUGGGAGCAGGAGCAGAUUGCUUCAAUGAAGGAAUACAUUGCUCGUUUUGGACACGGAUCAGCCAAACUAGCCCGUCAAGCACAAAGCAAAGAGAAAACACUGGCUAAGAUGGAGCGUGGAGGGCUUACAGAGAAGGUGGUGAAGGACAAGGUCCUGGUCUUCCGGUUUCCUGAUGUUGGCAAACUUCCCCCUCCUGUUCUGCAGUUUGUGGAAGUGACAUUUGGCUACACACCUGAUAAUCUCAUUUACAAGAGCCUUGAUUUUGGCGUAGACCUUGAUUCAAGGGUAGCACUGGUGGGACCUAACGGAGCUGGAAAGAGCACGCUGCUUAAGCUGAUGACAGGGGAUUUAGUUCCCCUUGAUGGCAUGGUUAGGCGGCAUAAUCACCUGCGGAUUGCACAGUUCCACCAGCAUUUGGCUGAGAAGCUUGACAUGGAAAUGUCUGCUCUCCAAUAUAUGAUAAAAGAGUAUCCUGGAAAUGAGGAGGAGAAGAUGAGAGCAGCAAUUGGGAGGUUUGGUCUUACUGGUAAAGCUCAAGUUAUGCCUAUGAAGAACUUGUCAGACGGUCAACGAAGCAGGGUGAUAUUCGGGUGGUUAGCGUUUAGGCAACCUCACAUGCUGCUGUUGGAUGAGCCGACCAACCAUCUUGAUAUUGAAACUAUUGACUCACUUGCCGAGGCUUUGAAUGAAUGGGAUGGUGGCAUGGUUCUUGUUAGUCAUGAUUUCAGGCUCAUAAACCAGGUUGCCCACGAGAUAUGGGUAUGUGAAAAUCAAACUGUAACACGGUGGGAGGGUGACAUUAUGGACUUCAAGCUACAUUUGAAGUCGAGGGCCGGAUUAGGUGAUUAAAGCAGACAUUCCAGAGUUUUGGGUACUAUUGCAAGUGAAAAUAUGGCUGCUUCUCCUGGCUAAUAGUGUAGUCCGAAGAGAAAUUGGCAGGCCAUCAGCAGCAGGCCAUCAGCAGCUAGCAACGUUAGUGACACCAUGCCAGCUGAAUACCUUAGAGAGAGGAAGCCAUCGUGGUCACCGUAUGACUGGACUGGCUGAUGUUUAGCUUGGUGCAAUAUUUUUGUUGUCCAAAUCAUUCUGGCCUUCCUCCAAUAUUGUAAGUCAUGAACCGAGAGGAGAAAUAGCAGCCAAAUUGAUGUAUUACAUUAAACAUCACCUUCUUUUGUUAUCCACGCUAUAUCAUAGCUAUAUUGUACUUCAGAUUUUGGGACUUCACUACUAUUAUGAUUUAUGAAUUUAUCUUUUUAUCUUAA